AUGGAUACUUAUGAUGACUCAGAAUUGACUCCUAGUAAAAGUGCAUCUUCGAAGCUUAAGGAAUACUCGAUAGGUGCUACUCCUCUGCAGAAACGAUUAGAAUCAGUCAGGAAGCAGACGACAUUUGUCUCAACUCCACAUCGAAAGAAAAUUCUUCAGUGCUCACAAUUGCAGGAAGAUGUUGACCCUCAAAAGAUUGCGCUCCUUCUACAUAAGCAGUGGACUUUGUAUAGUUUAACUCCCUUAUACAAAUUCUCCUAUGCUAAUCUCAAAGAGUACUCUAGACUCCUAAGUGCGUUUCUUACUGCUGAGAAGCAUAAAGGACUUGCUGUGGAAGUGGGAGAAGACAUCAAUGUCAAAGUGAUUUUCUCUACCCUCCUAGGAGUGAAAGGAACACGAAGGGACUCGGAAGCAUUUCUUGUCCAGAUUUUGUCAGAAUCUCAACGGCCAGCUGGGAAGUUGGAAGAGAAAGUGUUAUGGACUGGUUGGUUUUGCUGUGUAUUUGGAGACAGUCUUCUUGAGACUGUCUCAAAAGAUUUCACUUGUCUACCCCUGUUCCUUGUAAAUGGAGCAGAGUCAAAUACAGCCAUAAUUGGAAACUGGUUUCAGAACACCUUUGACUGUUAUUUUCGUCCUUUAUCUAUCAAUGCGUUUAACCUUUCCUGGAUGGCUGCUAUGUGGACUGCGUGCAAAAUGGACUGUUACAUGGCUACUACUGAGUUUCUUUGGUCUGUACCCUGUAGCCCUCAAAGUCUGGACAUUUCUUAUACCAUACAUUCAGAGGAUGCAAAAGCUUUGUGGGACAGUGUCCACAAGACCCCUGGGGAAGUGACACAAGAGGAAGUUGACUUAUUCAUGGACUGCCUUUACUCACAUUUCCAUAGACAUUUCAAAAUUCAUUUAUCAGCCACAAGACUGGUUCGUGUUUCAACAUCUGUAGCUUCAGCACAUACUGAUGGAAAAAUAAAGAUUCUAUGUCAUAAAUACCUUAUUGGAGUGUUGGCAUAUUUAACAGAAUUGGCCAUUUUUCAAAUUGAGUGA